UCUGAAGCCACAUUCCCUGAUUACUGGUGGAGCAUUGAGCUAUUGACUGUGCCACAUUUAUUAACAGUGAACAUGGGGGGCCCUCAAAUUGUGCUCUGCUGCUUUCUAAUUGCCGCAACAAGUGCAUCAUCUGUUGCUCGUCAAUCCGCCUCCAGUGACCUGCACGAGAUUCAUCCACUUCUGCGCAUUAGGCGACAAUCGGGCGGUCUCUGUGUUCCCGAAGGAGGAUAUUGCACUAAACAAUAUCAUUGCUGCUCUGGAGUCUGUCUGACCUUCUCCUACAAGUGCGGGUCGCAACCCACAGGAGGCACUCAGAUUGACCUUGUGUCCUCAAUCAUUGACUCCACGUCGUCCUUCGGUGGUUCUGAUCUUGAGAAUCGCUUCGGAGAUAACGAUACCAGUGCCGCUCCAGUGUGUGCCCAAAACGGCGAAUAUUGCCAAACAAGUCACCAGUGUUGCUCUCAGAGAUGUCUCAGCUUCUCAUACAAAUGUGUCCCAAAUUACGAUGUCGUCGCGCCGAGUAUACCUGGACAGCCAUCUCUCAAUCCCGGCUCUAACAUCCCUCAGAACACCAUGACCAUCGAGGAGCUCAUCAGCAAUCGCUUCGGUGAUCCAGACAAAACGACCAAAGCACCAACUUGCUUGACAAAUGGAGCAGAAUGCAGAGAGUCCAGCACGUGUUGCUCGCAAUACUGCGCUCAGGCUACAUUACACUCCCGCCGUUGUCUACAGAAACCCAACAAUAUUCGCCCCCAGCAACCUUCCGGACUGCCUCCACGAGGCCCUGGCAGUGACACCGACGAUGGCGAUGAUUCCGGAGAGGGAACUUGCAUAGCUGUCGGAGACAAAUGCUAUAUGAAUGAUGAGUGCUGCAGCCGGCGCUGUCAUGGGUUUUUACAUCAGUGCGUCACAUAAAGAGCGUCUCCAACUGGCUUCUCGCGCGAGACGCACACAGACACAUCUUAAUCCGCGCUUUUAUAAACAAGUUUCUCUCGGCUUGUUUGCGAGAAACAAAGUAUAAUGAUAAUAAUACAAAAUUUAUAUAGACAUUGCGACUAAAACAUAUGUAUUUACGAUCUGUAUUGAAAGCAGACCAAAAUUGAUUAAGUCGCAAGAUCUCUGCUGUUUUGCCUUCGUCAAUUAUAAGGCACAACACAAAAAUAAAUCGCAAAAGCAAAGCGGUAAAAACAUU